CCAUACAAAGAAAAGGCCAUCAUCAAAAGAUGGCUGCCAGCUUGACUUGCCUUGCCGGGUUGAAUGAUAGGCCCAGUGUCUGAAUGUUACAUGUGUGUACUGCUCAAGAAAGAUUAACUUAAACGAUUUGAGUAAUGCACGUCAUUUUAAGAGAGACUUAAGUUUCAAAGGAAGAGCAGACUUAUUAGAUUGUCACAACUUCACACUAUUUUUGAAAAUGCCAGUGUCAAUGACACCCACUGGCGGCCCUAGCUGCUUUGAUCGAGUCAAAAUGGGCUUUAUGAUUGGAUUCUGUGUCGGCAUGGGAUCUGGCGCCCUCUUUGGUGGUUUUUCUGCACUCAGAUACGGACUAAGGGGAAGGGAACUGAUGACAACAGUGGGCAAGACAAUGAUUCAAGGCGGUGGGACUUUUGGACUGUUUAUGAGUGUUGGAACAGGCAUCCGAUGCUAGUAGACGGUAGUGUGCAGUAUGGGGAGCUGAUUGAAAAAAAUGACCGGACAAGGGAAAAAUUCAGUCAUCACCUGCCUUGCACAAAUGUAGAAGUUCUGGCAAAAGCUGAUUUUUGAAGUACUACCAUUGGACAGAUGAUUUGUGAUGACAACUGCACCAUUAUGGAAAUCUCAGCCGACAUCACCAGCUUUUGAUUUCUUUUGAUUAAGUAACAGGUAGCCACACUUUUUGUCAUUAAUUCCCAGAUUGAAACACCUGAUCAAUGUGUAUUGUUGUGAAAGGUUCUGCAGACUCUCCGAGAAGUUUCUGUUGAAUGGAAAAAUAGAAAACUGAAAAAAAGGAAAUUGAAAUUUUGAUUUGCUGUACUCUUGAGUUAUUGUUUGACAAACAUGCUACAGCAGUUUUUUACUUCGAAUGGGACAGUAUUCCAAUGUAGAUGUAAUUCUUUUUCACAUUUACUUUUUCUUAUUUUCACAAUCGUUACACGAAACAUUGUUUCUAACUUUCAGCUGAAGUAGUCAUGUUCCUUACUGCUAUUCAAGUUUUGCAGAACUCCAAAGUUGAAUUGAACUCUGUUCAAACAUUAUUUUAUUAAAAAAAGAAAUUGGAAAGGUAAGGUUUGGCAUAGUUGAACGAUGUAAGCCUGUGUCAAUUGGGUAAAUUUAAGUUUCAUAUAAAAUUGUGCCAUCCCGUAAUGGCGACUGGAUUUUAGUGACUAUAUUAUUAAUUUGCUCAAGUCAAGAGUUGAAGCCUGACUGUGAGCUUAGGGUUCAAUGAGAUGGAAAUAAAAAUAGGAGACUUGCUGUUUGAAGAUG